AUGUCGCUGCUCUCCGGUCCCCGCGGAGCAGCGCCGGGUUCAGCGCGGCUAAGGCGGAGCAGCCGCCCCUCGCCGGACACCCCCUCGGCGUGGAGCGGGGCCUCCCAUGGCGCCGGCGGCGCACACCUGGCUGUGGGACAGGUGCCGGGCUCCUCCGGCGAUGCUCCAACCCCCGCAGCCCGGACUCCUCCCGCCCCGCCUCCGCUCCCCCUGCCCGGCGCGCCGGGGGAAGCCCCGCCCGCCGGGGAAGGGAACGCCUGCGCGGAGGGGGGCGAGGGGCGGCCGCCGCCGGGCGCCAUUUUGAAUCGCCUCAGCGCCUGUGGCGGCGGGUGGCGGUGCCCGCUUGGCUCAGCAGCGGAGGCGCUCCGGGAAUGGGGCUGUGGCGGAGGGUGCUGGUUCCGAGGAGAUCCCGGAACGGAGGGGAGCGGGGCUGUGGCUGAAGGCGCUCAUUCCGAGGCGCCCCGGUCUCGGCGGGAGCUGCUUUUUAGCCGCCAGGCGCUGCAGCCCGUCCCGCGUUACUGCCAGGGCCAGCGGGCAGCCCUGGCCGCCCCCGGGGGAAGCAGGUGGGUGGGCGAGCUACACUCGUGUUGCCGCCGGCGUUUAAGAGGAAAACAAAACUCAGUGGGUUUACAGGUGUCGGCUACGGAGCGUGUGCGGGCAUCAUGUGCAGAGUCGGUGAUCAUGCCUCUAGAACGGUGUCCCCCAUCUGAACCCAGGAUUUAAGCACUCUCGUCACCUCACACGUCUCAUGUCUGCACUGAAGCUGGAAGUGGGAGGGCAGCAGACGCAGAAAUAUCUGAACUUGUGUUGGUGUAGCCGAUUUGCUGUGAAGCAGAUUAUUCAAGCUUUUAUAUGGGCAAGUUACACUUGAAUGAAUCUUGAGAGGCUGAGGUAAAGCUGUACAGAAGUACUUGCCACCAUGACCCUGUUGACACUGAUUCCAUACUAUAAAUAUAAGAAUUCGAUCAUUAUGAAACUGCUCUGAAAAUCUACCAUCAAUCAAAAAUUAUAUCUCUGCAGAUAGUUUGUUUCUGUGACUGGAUCAGUCCCUGGUCUGCUGUAUUUCUAAGAUGAGUAUCAACAUAAAAUGAUUUAAGAUUGGCACUAAUUUUUCCAUAUCUUCUUUUGGAAAUGACUAGUAUCUCUGUAAAAGAGCUUCCAUAUUAAAUGUAAAUAAGGUAAAUAAAAGCAAACCAAUUUUGAGGCAUUAUAAACUUGCUUAUUUGCAAAAGAUUUUUGGAGCAUAUACUGUCACUAAUUCCUUUUUCUGUAUUAAUUUUUUUUCUUCUGUUUUUGAGAGUGUGAAUCAAUGCUUCUGUUGGAGCAACCAGAAGAGAGUAUUGUCAUAAUGAUGUAUCAUUGUGCCUAGGUCAGUUGUUUGGUU